GCCAGCUGUUUGCGGCCUUGUUUUCAUUUUGCAUUGUAAUAAUUUUACCACCUUUUUGUUUAGUGUAUUUUGGUGCUACUUAAAUCCAGUAAAAGAGCAACUUUUGUUAUGUCUUGGCAAAAUGCAUUGGUCAAGGAAAUGUUAAAACCUGAAAACUUGAUAAUUUCAUCAGAACUCGCCGUUGUGAUAGCAGACAAGUUCCCCAAAGCGGUGCACCACUACCUGGUGCUUCCAUUAGCCGAUAUUCCCAGUAUCUUUCAGUUGAAUCGGAGUCACUUGCCGCUUUUGGAGGAACUUCAUCUUUUGGCCAGGAAUGUGGUAGAGGUGAAGGGAGUCCGCUGGGAGGAUUUCCAGGUGGGAUUCCAUGCGGAACCGAGCAUGCUAAGGCUUCACUUGCAUGUAAUCUCCAAGGAUUUCGUAUCACCAAGUCUGAAGAACAAGAAACAUUGGAACUCCUUCAACACAGACCUAUUUGUGCCCUACAAUAAACUUUGCCAACAGCUGGAGAAGGAGAAUUGCAUUGGGCGACUGCCGAAAGCAGUGAAAGACGAACUGCUGGCCAAGCCGCUGACUUGCAAUCAGUGCGAAUUUGUGGCCAAAAACGUGCCAACACUUAAGGAGCAUCUGGUGGGGCACCUCGCUGAUCCCUAGCAAACGAACCACCAGUGCGUACUAGAGAACCAGUUCAUCAGCUUAGAGAACCGGGAGUAGACAUCUGAUAUUCCCGGCUGAUACGGAACUUUUUGCUUAUAUUUCGGUGAUUUUCACAAUUAUCGGGAGCGGCCGCUAUCAAAAAUGGAGCUUGAUGAGAAGGCAUAUUUUCGGGAUGAGCUGAAGCGAAAGCUAAAGGAUAAGAGGAACUUUCUCAUCGAAAGUGAUCGGGCGGUGGUGAUUAAAGCUGAUUAUCCCAAAUCGCAAUAUCAUUUUCGUGUGGUGGCUAAGGAGGAACUGAGGGACAUAACUCAGUUAAACGGAGAUCAUCUGCCUUUGUUGGAUCACAUGAUGGAUUUGGCCAAUCAAAUAAUCGAAAAACAGGAGCACCUGGAGUCGCGUAACUUUCGCAUAGGCUUCAAGGCCCACACCUUCUGGAAUCGGCUAAAUCUGCAUGUCAUUUCUGAUGACUUCUACUCCAUGGCCAUGAAACGUCCGCGCCACUGGAACAGCUUCAAUACGGAACUAUUUAUGCCAUUUCAAAUGGUGCACAUGAUGCUCAGCAUGCAGGGCUUCAUCGAACCAAUUUCGGAUGAGCGGCACAAGGAGCUGCAGCUUCAGAAACCUUUACGUUGCAACCAGUGCGAUUUUGUGACCGAUUUGCUGCUGGAACUAAAGGCGCACCUAUAUUCCCACUGGCAGCGUAAAGAAGGCGAACGUGAGCAGAAGAAAAAAACGGAUAAAAUUAUUCAAAUGCUGGAUGAGGCGAAGAUAGAUACGGCGGCGAAACCAGCUGAGCCCUUGGAAGUUUGUUCCCAAAUUCAGACAGGAGCGGAAAUUUCCCAGAAUCCAAAUCUAAGGAAUCCCUUUCUAACACUACAACAACAGCAGGCUCAGCAGCAGGCCGACAAUGGAUAUGAUAACUAUAUGUACGGACCACCGGUCAACAUGAUGAACCAACCGAAUCCCAACAAUCCCUUCCGCAACACUCCUCCCCUCAACAUCCAAUCGAUGACUCCGCCGCAACCGCAUACAUUUAAUUAUCGUCAACCCGGCUAUAUGCCGCGCGGACCUAUACAACAUCAAGGUCCUAGAGCUCCUUGGAAUGGUCCUCGCUUUCCACCUGGUCAACAUCAAAGAAACUUCAAUGUAUUCCGACCACCACCUCCAGCAAACCUGCAAGGCGGUCAUCAAUAUCCAAAUCAGGGAUUUGUCGGCCAAGGAGCUGGGCCGAGUGGUCAACAGAAUGGAACAAGACCGAAGUGGACACCAAGAAAUGUCUUACACAACAACCAACAGAAUCCAAACCAAAAGUUUCAGCAGCCAAAUCAGAAUCACAAUCAACAAAAUCGACCUUAUUCCAGUCAACAGAAUCGUCAGAAUCAAUAUCAGCAAAAUAAUCAGACCCAGAAUCCACAGAACGCCCAAAAAGCCCAACCUCCCAAUCAAGUGAAUCGUCAAAACACCAAUAAUCAAAAUCGUCAGAAUCCUAAUCAACAGAAUCGUCCAAACCCUAAUCAAAACAACCAGAAUAAAAACAAGAAACUAGCAAACCAAAAAAAACCACAGCAACCAGCUGGAAAUCCAAAUCAAGGAGCUCAGGUCUCAACACCUACAACCAAUCCCAAGUCGGCUGGCACUUAGGACCAUUUAGUAUAAAUGUAUUUAAACGACUUUUUUUUUUAAAUUUUAAAAACCAUAACAAAAUGGUUUAUAUUCAUAUUCGUUUAAUAAUAAGUGAGCCAUAAGAAUCAAUGCAGGUCCAGCCGACCAAUUGCAAAAAUGUAUGUUCGAUUAUUAUUUUACUUUAAUUGGGAAAGCAUUACAAAUGCAUUAUAAAUGUUAUCAGUUCUAAAAAAAAUUAUCAUUACAAUGAGUCAUUCUUCAUAGAAUUAUCAACGAAAAUAAUCUGUAGUACCAUAUGAUAAAUGGUUUAAAAUAAAUUUAUUAUAUUAUUAUUCUUUCAAAAAUAAUAGUAAAAAAAACUAAACUACAAAUAUUAUUUCAAAAGAUAAACACUACACAAAAUCCAAUCUGUAAACAUUUCCAACCGUGCAUGAAAAAUAUUGAUUAAAUAAAUAAAUACAUGCACUUGUCUCACUGCAUAUUUUAUACAUAUGUAUAUAUAUUUCAGCGAUAAGAAAACUGCAUGAUUGACUUAA